AACAACGGGAACGGCGAAAUAAGUACCUGUCUUGAGUAGAAAAAACGGCAACAGUUGGAAUUGGACUAUUAAGACUUAAAAAAAAAAAUGUCUAUUCCUAUGCAUCGACUGGGCGGUCGCGCCUUUGCCCACGAUGACGACGACAUCGAACAAGAGUACGACCGAUUGAGAGACUUGGCGCGAGCUGAGGCGGAGAAGCGCAACGAUUGCUUCGCGCGUUCGCGUCAGGCAUAUGAAGAUGGCGAUGGUGCUGGAGCAAAGGAGCUCUCCAACCAGGGCAAGGCACACGCUGCCCGUAUGGAUGAUUACAACCAGCAAGCAGCCGAUUUUAUCUUCCGUGAGAACAACGCCUCUGGCCGUGUAGAGGCGGAUUCGAUCGACCUUCACGGUCUCUACGUGGAAGAGGCUGAGCGAAUUCUUGAGGAGCGCAUUCGUGCAGACCAGGCUAAUGGACAGACACAUCUCUAUGCCAUCGUCGGCAAGGGACACCACUCAGCUGGUGGUGUACAAAAGCUCAAGCCAAAGGUCGAGGAGCUGUGCCAAGAACUUGGUCUUCGAUACGAGACCGAUGAGGACAACACUGGACGAAUUAUCAUCAACCUCCAGGGCGGAGAUCCUAUCCCUCCCUCGCACUCUGGUGGUUACGGUGGUCACCAUGGUGGACAGCAGCAUCACCAACCCCAGCAUCAUCAGCCUCAGCACCACCAGCAGGAACAGCAGAACGACGAUGUUGGACAGGUACUGCCUUGGAUUCUGAAAAAGUUGGAGAAGGCCUGCUGUGUGGUCAUGUAAAGCUUGGAUAUAAUCUUCUGAGUUGCCAUUUGUGGGAAAGAUUCUGACUUUCUGAAAUCCUUGUUUAUGAUUGCUAUAUCCAAGCAUUCCAAAAACGCUAGAUUAUUUAGAUGAGAGACAUGCGGAACGUUCACGCUAGAACUGAAUUGAUGGAGAUAUG